GAGAGGGUCACCAUCGUCCACGCUCACAGCUCCUUCUCCGCCAUGGCCCAUGACGCCCUCUUCCACGCCAAGACCAUGGGGCUGCGGACGGUGUUCACCGACCACUCCCUCUUCGGGUUUGCGGAUGUCAGCUCGGUGCUUACCAACAAACUCCUGACGGUGUCCCUGUGCGAUACGAACCACAUCAUCUGUGUCUCCUACACGAGCAAGGAAAACACGGUGCUGCGAGCAGCUCUGGACCCUCAGAUCGUCUCUGUCAUCCCCAACGCUGUCGAUCCCACCGACUUCACUCCCGACCCGUCGCGGAGGGACGACAGGACAAUAACAAUUGUUGUUGUCAGCAGACUGGUUUACAGAAAAGGUAUAGAUUUGCUUAGUGGUAUAAUUCCUGAGCUCUGUCAGAAAUACCCAGAGUUACAUUUCUUAGUUGGAGGAGAAGGACCAAAACGAAUCGUACUGGAAGAAGUCCGGGAAAGAUACCAGCUACAUGACAGAGUACGUCUCCUAGGGGCCUUGGAACACCAGGAUGUUAGAAAUGUUCUAGUCCAAGGGCACAUUUUUCUCAACACUUCCCUCACUGAGGCCUUUUGUAUGGCAAUUGUGGAAGCAGCAAGCUGUGGUUUACAGGUGGUGAGUACCAGAGUUGGCGGGAUUCCUGAGGUGCUUCCAGAAAAUCUCAUUAUUUUAUGUGAACCCUCUGUGAAAUCUUUGUGUGAUGGAUUAGAAAAAGCUAUUGCCCAGCUCAGAUCAGGAACACUACCAUCUCCAGAAAGUGUUCAUAAUAAAGUAAAGACAUUUUAUACAUGGAGGAAUGUAGCAGAGAGAACUGAGAAAGUGUAUGACAGGGUUGCGGAUGAAGUGGUUUUACCAAUGGAUGAGCGACUUAACAGGCUAAUGUCUCACUGUGGCCCAGUGACUGGGUGUAUUUUUGCUCUUUUUGCUGUUCUGAACUUCCUUUUCUUGGCGUUCCUGAGGUGGAUGACUCCAGAUUCCAUUAUUGAUGUUGCAAUAGAUGCCACAGGACCUAAAGGUGCAUGGACUAAACAGUGUUUUUUGCGGAAAAAAGGAAGACUUAAAUGAGCACUUCCAAGCUCCUGAAAUGCUCAAAUGGAGAGGAAAGAACACAUCAGUCACUAAAGGUUUCAAUGCUUGCUGACCGAGACAUUGAUCUUAAAAUUCUUCAGUUUCUUUCAAAGUUCUUGGAAAGAAACUUGGUUAAAUGUGCUACCUCAAUUUAGGAUUACGUUUUAAUUUAGUUUUGGUUUC